AUGUUCAAGUAUAGCAGUAUUAGUAACGAUCUUGAUGGAAACAUUGUUAAAGUUAAUCCACCAUCAAUCGCAAGCUCAGCUAUAGCAGUAUUAGUAACGAUCUUGAUGGAAACAUUGUUAAAGUUAAUCCACCAUCAAUCGCAAGCUCAGCAACAUAAACAUUGUGGUUGGGCAAGUCAUUCAUUCGCCGAUAAUUAUUUACAAUCAUCUCUUGAUCUUCAACGUCAAUUCGAUGGAAGGAAAAAUGUCAUAAAUUCUAUUCAUCUUUAUAAUGAAAUAUUUCACGUGGGGCUUUCAAAAGGAAACCCCCAAAAUCACUGGUUUAAUUACAUUAUUUUACUCUUAUGUAGAAUUUGUUUAUUGUUAAGAGGAAGAUUAACUAACGUUACUCAACUCUGUGAAGAGAAAUGUUGA